AACAUGUACCUCACUCUCUCUCACUUCCCAUUCUUCUUCUUCAAAAAAAAAAAAGACCAAAACCCUUUCUAAAACUUCAAAUUCUAGGGUUUUUGCUCCUUGACAAUCUCGCUCAUGGCUUCGCCACACACACAUGUAUUGAAAUCAUCACGCUAGCAAGCUUUAUUAGUCAUCUUUCCCUAUUGCGAUCCAUCGGAGAACAUGAACUCAGAUUUCGAGAUGGCGGAGCUGCACCGGAAGCUGCAGCCGCAGAAGAAAUUCACGGCGGGGCACGCUUCUUCGUCUUCUUCCUCGUCGGCGUACUUGUUCCCGUUAACCCCAAACCAGAACCUCCUCCAGCAAGUGAAUCCCUUCCCCUUCUUCCAGGAGCAUCAUUUAAUCCAGCCCUUCCCGGACCCGAUUCGCGAGAACAGCAUCCAUCCCGUGGCGAGUAAUGAUAGUUUGCUCCAUCAUUUGAGCUUCAGGAUGGGCCUGUGUCAGGAGGAGAGCCAGAGAAAUGGCGAAGGAGACCGAGGCGGCGGGUGCUGCGGUGAUGAUUUGAUGCAGGGAAAUACGCGCGGUGGUUCUCCUGAUGUGAUGACUCAGUGUUGGGAAACUCAAGAAGAUUCUGAUCAUAAAAACCGUUUCUGGAAGCCCCUAAGCACGGAAUCUCCAAAUGGGAACGAGAAGGAAGGCCCCAAAGAAACAAUCCCCGUGGAAAAGAAAAAGCAACAAGAAACGAGCGAAGAACCCAACCAAGAAACCAUGCAGAAUAAUGCUAAAAGCAGCUUCUUCGACGGCGAGCUAGAAGCAAUUUACAGGUGGGGUGACAUUAAUGCAGAGACUGCUCAAGCGACCGCAUCUGACUCGGCUCUCACUGCAGAAGAUGCAAAGGGGAGAAAGAAAAGGAAGAGGAGGAAAUCGACGAAGGGCAGCGACGAGUAUCGGUCAAUGGUGGAAUUCAUGGAGAGGUCAGUGCAGAGGCUGAUGGAUCACCAAGAAGGCCUCCACAGCAAGUUUCUGCAAGCACUCGAGAGGCUGGACCGCGAAAGGGUUGGGAGAGAAGAGGCUCGGAGGAAGGAAGAAAUGAUGAAUCUGGAGCGCGAAGCGAAUGCUAGAGCUACCCAGAGAGCACUGGCUUCUUCCAGAGAGGCUGCCAUUCUUUCCUACUUGGAGAAAAUGACUGGCCAAAAGAUCCCUCUUCCACCACUACCACCACCUAACGACCCUGCUCCCCCAUCAGACAACUGAUCAAGGCCGUGUUUGGUAGCAUGAAUUAUUGUUUUACUUGAGUACCCUUUCACUUAUUUGGCCAAACUCGAUUUUCCUAAAAGCGUUUAUAUUCAGUUCAGGUCAUUCAACAGCCAAAUACUCAUAUUACCAAACGGGCCCUAAAACUCUGCGUAGACGGUCUAAAGCUACAUUGUCUUGAAAACUUAUACGGCCAGUGUGGGAUAACAUCAAAAUGUUCAACAGAUCAAAAAGAAAAAGAAAAAUGUCAUCCAGAGUUGGCCUUGGUGAGUGCUGAUGCAUGGGAACAAUAAAAAUGCUGUGGUUGCUUCAGAGGAUCACUAUGCAUCUGUUUUUGGAACACCAGGUUAGCAUGGUCUAAAAGGGGACUGAAAUCCCUUUUCUACCCUUUUUUUUCUUUUGAAGAAAAAAUGUACUAUGUAGUCUGUGACACAUUUUAGAGUAUGGAUUUUUUUAAUGGUCCUUGCUGGCAACCAAUUCUUAGCUAUUACCCAGUAGUUUUUUAGUUAGCUUUAUGUGUUGUUUGUACCAGUUAUUUGUGUAAGUUAAUUAGCAAAAAGAAUUUGUGCAAGUUUAUUAGCAAAAAAAAAGGUUUUUGAUAUAA